UAACCCUUACUACAAUAUAUUAGGGUUACUACAACUUUCAAAGGCUUUUUUUAUAGACAAACAAAUAGUACAAAUUAUUUCAUUAAAAGGGUGCUGAAUGAAAAGAUAAACGGGUAAAAUUGACAUCACGGCAAAAAAAAAAGUGAUGGCUAAUUUUGACUUUCUGGCAUUCGAACUAGAAAAAUUUUCGAAACGUCUUCACAAAGAACUGAGAGAACAAGAUGAUAAUGAUAUAUUUUCACCUGUCAGCGUACACGCAUUUGUGACUCUCCUCUCUCAAGAUCCAUGGUUUUACAAUAAAGAAAUUUUCAAUAGAGCCUUGGGGUUUGAUGUUAAUGUUGCAAGUACACUUUACAAAUACCUCUUUGAUGCUUUUAGUAAUAUUAAUGAUCUGAUCGCUAAUGCCACUUUCUUGAAGCCGAGCCAAAUUCCGGAAGCUUUCAGAAGCCGUCUCAGGGAAAAUCUUGGUAGUGAAGUAAACUUCUUGGAUUUUACUAAACCCGAAGAGGCUACUGCAACCGUAAACGCUUGGGUCUGUGAUAAAACCGUUCAUAAAUUUACACCGGUUAGUGGUUUAAGGGAUGAUGUGAAUUUUACGUUUUUAAAUGCCACACACUUUAAAAGCAACUGGUCGGAACCGUUUUCCCCAGAGGAAACUGUGCCCGCAACUUUUUAUUUGAACGAGCAAGAUACGGUGCCAGUUCAAAUGAUGAGAAGAAAAGGUGAAUUUUAUUUCGAGAAUCAUUUACCUCUCGGAGCCAAAGUUUUGAAAUUGCCUUUCGUUGAGAAUAACGUAAGCCUCUUGGUUGUUUUGCCAAAGAAGGGGACAAAUGUUAAUGAAUGUAUACAACAAGUUUUGACUUAUUUUUACGGUAAACUGGAUUUCACAAAGAAUAUUACUAAACAGCAGGUUGAUGUGUCCCUUCCAAAGUUUAAACUGGACGAUACAUUAGAACUGACGCAAUACUUAAAAAAGAUGGGAUUGGAAGAUAUGUUCAAUGCCAAUUUCUGUGGUGUGAUUGAUGGCGAGGAACUCAAUUGUGAUGAAAUCCAGCAGAAAGCUUAUUUAGAGAUAAAUGAAGAAGGAUCGCAAGCUGCUGCAGGAAUGGUAUCAACUUUGAUCAAAGCUCGCGAAAAAAAGACACCUCCCAAAGAUGGGUUACGAAUCUACGAAGCAAAUAUAUCUUCGGAAAUUACCAACCGUUUUGCCAAGACCAAGAUGGUGUGGAGGGUGGAAAAUACCAACAAGAAAGCGGCAGACGCGAAUUUUAAAGUCGUUCUCAACGAUAUGGCUUUCAUUACGGAAUUUGUAAUGGAAAUCGAGGGUAAGAGUUACAAAUCAUACAUAAAAGAAAAACAGGAGGCAAAGAAUAUUUAUAACGAUGCAGUAUCCCAUGGACAAAGUGCGGGGCUCGUCGAAGCGAAAACGAGAGACUCCAAAGAAUUUACGGUGUCUGUAAAUCUAGAACCGGAUUCAGUGGCAGUUUUCUCUCUAACCUACGAAGAAAUGCUCCAACGACUUCACGACCAAUACGAACUGGUGCUGAACAUUUGUCCGGGACAAAUUGUUGAAGAUUUAAAUAUUGAGGUCCGCAUUAACGAAAGUCGACCUCUUAAAUUUGUAAAAACGCCACCUUUGAGAUCAGGGAACGACAUUAAUACGUCAGAAUACGUUCAAAACCUCGAGCCUUUGUCGGACGUUAAAAUAAUAAAUCCAAAAACCGCAUCUAUCAAGUUCCAGCCUAAUGCCGCAAAACAAGCGAAAUUUACUCAUUAUCUGGGCAAUAAAAUCAGCGACGGUUUGUCGGGUCAGUUCGUCGUGCAGUACGACAUAGAAAGAGAACCCGUUAAUGGAGAAGUACUGCUUCAAGAUGGCUAUUUCGUUCACUUCUUUGCACCGAAUGACCUAGACCCAUUACCGAAGCAUGUCAUUUUCGUGUUGGACACCAGCGGAAGUAUGCAGGGAAGGAAAAUCGAACAGCUGAAAGAUGCUAUGAUGAAUAUUUUGAGUGAUUUACAUAAAGAAGACAUGCUGAGUAUUAUCGAGUUUAACAACGACAUUAUCGUAUGGGAUGUUGACUUAAAAAAAUCGGCCGUUGUACCUGUGAAUAAAAUGAAAGACUUCAAUGAGCCUUUCGCCUCUUUACAAAAAUAUAUAUUGGCAGAUCCACACGUUGUCAGUGAUGACAUCAUAAAGAAAGCAAAGGAGGUCAUUCAAAAUAUUAGCGCCGACGGAGGCACCUUCAUGAUAGGUGGCUUAGAAACGGCUUUGUAUUUUGUGAAAACUGGACAACAGAAAAAUAUAGACAGGGAUCAGGAACUUCAACCCAUCAUAGUAUUUCUAACCGACGGGGAACCUAACGUCGGUAUCCAGUCAACAGACCAAAUUGUGGAAUUAGUGACACGCCUGAACACGAAAGACAAGGUGCCUAUAUUUUCUCUCUCUUUUGGAAAUUGCGCAAGUAAAGACUUUCUGAGGAAGCUGUCUUUAAAAAACUUAGGUUUUUCGAGGCACAUAUACGAAGCCGCCGACGCCUCUUUGCAGCUGCAGGAGUUCUAUAAGCAGAUAUCUUCCCCACUCUUGCACGACAUCAAGUUCAAGUAUGACGCGGAAGUGGCGGAAGUCACGAGGACUUGGUUCCCCAUUUACUUUAGGGGUUCCGAGUUGGUUGUUGCUGGAAGAUGGUCAGAACAAAUUUUUCCAACUACCAUCGACUGCUGGGGUCCUCUUGGUCCCGUAGUGAUAAGAUCGGCUACGGAAAGACCCGUAACUUCCCUAGAGAGGCUUUGGGCUUAUCUCACCGUGAAACAGUUGUUGGACGACAGGGAUUCGGCGGCAAAUCCUGAAGAGUUGAGCAAAAAGGCCAUUGAUCUGGCACUAAAAUACUCUUUUGUGACCGACGUAACGUCUCUGGUGGUGGUAAAGCCGAACGAAACUGCUCCUGCCCUUGAAGAUAUCAAUUCCACAAAAAAGAGGCGUUGUAGUAACCGUUUAGUUCCUACAUCUGCUAAUUAUAGAGGCCUGCGUGAAAGGAGUGUUCCAUUGCGUCGUUUAUGUUCAGGAGGAGGUCCUCCCAGUAACAAGAGAAAUAAAUGUCUAGCGAGUUUUCAAAGUUACUCUGCGUCCACUACAAACUUUCGUGAAAUGAACGCCCCAUGGCGUCGUACAUCUUCGGAACAAGGUAUGGAAUUGGAUUCAGGAGAAAAACCUGUGGAGUUUACGGCCAAUCAUCCGUUCUUGGUCUUCUUGCAGGUGGAGAUCGACAAUGCCGUUUUCAUACUUUUUGAGGGUUGUGUUUUUAGACCCAGUGUUUAAUCAGGACGUGUACAGGAUGUGACUAAAACAUAAAACUUUAAUGAUGGAUUCUAUGUUAUAAACUAAUUAAAAAAAGUUCUACAUUUGUUUAUAGUUAACAUAUAAUAAGAACACAUUUUUUAUAAUCUUUAGUGUUCUAUCGGAGUAGGGAGUCCAAUUCUAAAUAUUUAGGAAGGAAAAAAUCACAAAUGAAAAUUAUUCACUAUACUCCACAAAGUACACCCAUAUAUUAAAAAAACCGUCUCAUAAGUUACAGCCAAGUACAUACCAAAUUUGAAUAAAAGUGCCUCAGUCGUUUUCUUGUAAUUAAAAUUUUUUUUCUUUUUUUUCGUUAAUGUAAAAUAUUAUCUAGAAUCCAUUACUAAAAGUUUGGCAUUUUAGUUAUAUACUAUAAAAUUACCUAUGCUACAUGGUUUAUGCUUAAUAUGACUAUGAUUUUUAUAAAUGCUUUUUUAAAGAAAAUUUAUUCAUAGUAAGUUAUGCAGGGUAUUUCAGGAUUAAUUUUUUCAGUUAUAAUUUGAAUUUGGACGAUCAAUAUAAGAAAAACAAAAUUUAUAUGUCUGAAGAGGCUGCAUUUUCUGGGCUGUGGGUGUUAAAUCGGAAAAUGAGAUGGAAUUUGGCUUAACAACUUAUGUAAGUAGAGGUAAAAAUUCACUGAAUCAUAUUUAAACAGGGGCGUCACCAGAAAAUGGGCUAAGGGGGGGCAAGAUAAGAGAGAGAGAGGAUGGGAGAAAUGUAAAUUAUAGAUAGAAAUAGGCACAGUGAAUUAAUUUUAUUUAGAAAUAUUUUUAAUAAAACCUUUUUAAAAUACAAGAAAAACAAGAAAAUAUAAAUAACUAA